AUGAACUACCUACACCACCCAUACGCCUACACCGGCCAUCCGGCUAUCCCCAUGGAUCAGCCCGUCUCCUUUGAUCCCGCCAUGACACACCCCGCCAUGAUUCACCCCAUGGACGGUUACCUCUACCCGCAUCCCCCCUUUGACAUGGUCGACUACUACCACCAGCCCAUUAUGGACUACGAAGAAUACGCGGAGAACCUCUCCCGACCCCGAUUGACCAAGGAGCAAGUCGAGACCCUCGAGGCCCAGUUCCAGGCCCACCCCAAGCCCAGCAGCAAUGUUAAGCGCCAAUUAGCCGCCCAGACGAACCUGAGUCUCCCCCGAGUGGCUAAUUGGUUCCAGAAUCGUCGUGCCAAGGCAAAGCAGCAGAAACGCCAGGAGGAGUUCGAGCGGAUGCAAAAAGCAAAGGCCGAGGCCGAAGAGGCCGUCCGCGGCAAGCCCGAGGAUGCCGAGAACUCCGACGCCCCCCGGGACACCACCACCGUCAAAGAGGAGACCCCCAAAGAGACCCCCAAACCCUCCGAACCGUCGGUGGAGCGACCCAAGCCCAAGUCCUCCCGAUCCAAGCAUCAGAAGACCCGGAGCGAGUCCGCGCGCGAGGCCACCUUCGCCUCGUUGCAACGGGCCCUGAACGCCGCCGUCGCCGCCCGCGAGUGCUACGGGGAGAACGACACCGUGCCCGAGGGCUCGGCGUCGCCGAUCCCCGCGUCCGCUACCAAGUCCACCCCCGAACUCGGAGGUCCCAACGAAACCACCCCGGCUUUUGCCGACUGGGAGAGCGUCAAGGACUCGACCGCCUGGGGCCCCUCCCACAGCCCGGAGUCGCUGGCCUACGGCAACCUGGACGCCGUCUCGUUGGCCUCGGCGGACUCGCUCAGCGUCCCGGAGUUUCACGCCCCGCAGCCCGAGGAAUGGACCAGCCAGGCGCAGACGUCCGCGUCCGUCCCCGCCUACACGGCCGCCUCGCAGGCGGACACCUACCACGCUGGGCCGUAUCCCCUGCCCCAGCAGACCCUGUCGCACAGCAAAUCCUCGGACGAGCUCGCCGACUCCCUCGAGGGCAUCGAGAUCGACUCCCAGAUGGCCCAUAGCGCGGAGACGUCCUCGUGGAAGGAGAACGCCAAGGAGCUGGACCUGGCGGCCCGCCGCAAGCGCCCCAGGCCCGCGGCCAUCGGCACCUCCCGGUCGUCGUCGUCCUUGCUGGGAGCCGCCGCGUCCAUGUCCCCCACCGCGCGGGCGCCUAGCUAUGGUGCCGUCCGACAGUCCAAGUCGGCGCAGAACCUGAACGCCCGCUACGCCGGGGUCCGCAAGGCGUCCGCCGCCCAGCGAUCGCCCCUCAACAUGUCGACCUUCGCUGAAGCCGGCGCCGCCCUGGCGUCGGCCAAGGCGGAGAUGCUCCAUCCCAUCACCACAGGCGCUCUGGCCCCGCCCACGCCCCUGACCCCCGAAGAUUUCCAACACCUGCUCCCCACAUCCCCAAGCGACGGCGGCUACUGCCUGUCGGCCCACCCCACGAGUCAGCUGUUCCCCACGACGCAGCCGAUGCAGAUCAACGUCGCCUCGCCGCCGGCCACGCCCAUGAUGGACAUGAUGUCCUCGUACGCGUACCCGGGGGUAGCCCCGCCCAUGUCGGCCCCGGCGCAUUACACGUCGUUCCCCGACUAUGCCAGCUGCGAUGCACCGCGGAGCUGGACCGACGCCACGUCGAUGCCGUCUCCGGAGGCCUCCUUCCACAGCCGGUGUCCGGUACCGCCCCACGGCGACCUGUCGUGUCUGUCCUACGAACAGAGCCUCGACCCAGAGGCGGUCGAGAACAUCCCCGUGUCGAGCUCCCCGUCCCUCGUCUACUCAGCAGACGUAGACAUGUCGGGGGACGUCAAGACCGAGUUCCGCUUCGAGGAGUUCCCAAAACAGCACGAAGCCCACCGGUACGUGGCGCAGCAACUACCCUGCCACAAGCCGAAACAAUACUCCUUUAACAACACAACACCGAACACCUUCCUCGAGGGAACCACCUGA